AAUGUUUCAAGACCACAGCAAUUCGUCAGGAUCAAUGUAAAUUCAUCCAUCUAAAAAUGCUCCUCUCACAAAAGUACUCAAAACGUUGAAUUCGGUGAAGGUAGUGUGUAGGGAAAUGAGGCGUAAAUACAUUGGGACGCAGAUGCUCACCCAGACACCUUCUCUCCAGAGAUGCUGCCUGUCCCGCUGAGUUACUCCAGCAUUUUGUAUUUAUCUUUGAUUUAAACCAGCAUCCGCAGUUCCUUCCUACUGUCACUGAAUUCAAACCCAGAGGUCUGAAUUAUCGACCUGGAGACCAAAGUUCCUAUAGGAUCUUUGCUGGAGACACCAGUUCACAUUCCCCUCCACGUGUAAUACCGGCACGACGACCGACUGGGGAUUUGCAGGGAGUUCGCGGCCUGCGGGCCCGGCGUGCGGUUGUCCUGGUAACGGUGAGCGGAGGCCGCUGCCGCCAUGGAGGAGGGCGAGGCGCAGGCCUCGGCCAUGUGGGCGCGGCGCCGCGAACUCUUCAUGCAAACCCACCUUUGCCGAUUGUCCGUGGAUAUGUAUGGCCCCGAGGGGGGUCGCCGGAGGGUGAUCGCGGCCGCUUCUACCGCAGGCCGGAGCCGACCGCGGUCAUGGCCCGAGCCGCUGCCCCGCCUGCAGGAGGCCGAGGAAGAGCAGGCGCCCAGCGACCAGCAGGAUGCGGCCUACCGGCUGUGGCUUGCGAACAAGAAGCGGCAGAGGGCCGACCUGGAGGCCAUGGCCGACGUGAAAAGCUGGAUCGACAGCAAGAUCGGGGCCACUGACCUGGAGCUGCGAGUCCUGGAGUCGCUGGAGCGUAGACCCGAAGCAAGCGAGCCGGUGCCUGUGCCUGAGCCAGAGCCUCAACCCAAACCCAAGAAAAGGACUAGACACAAGCGUUACACCAAACCUGUGACAGUUCAUCUCCCUACUCUGGAACCAGUUAAGCGACUCCAUGAAUAUUUAAGUAAAAAAAGACUACGAUUUGUAGAUUUCUUCCGAACCAGUGAUCCAGGAAAGAAAGGCAAACUCUCAAAAGAUGAUAUAUUGGCAGCAUUUAAAAAGACCAAUCUUCCAAUCACUGAUCUGCAAAUCAAAGAAUUGAUCGAAAAUCUUGGUGAUCGCACUAAGUGCAUUCGUUACAAAGUUCUUGCCCAAGCACUAAACACCUGGAGAGAAGAAUUGCGACAAGAAAACGGAGAGAAAGUGUACGACUUGCCAAAGAUCGCUGCAUCCUCCAAACGUCCAAAUAAAGCUGCGUCAGUUGCAAAAGAUAAGCAUGAUGUGUCCAGACGUAAAGAUACCUUGCCUGUGCCAACAGUCGAAUGGAGCGCAAACAGGCCUUUAACAGCUGGAGAAAUGGAGCAACUCAAAGCGAGGGAUCAGGAGACAAAAAUAACAAAAACGAGCAAACGACAUCACACGGAUUUAAUGGCAAGAUGCCUGUACAUGAAGGGAGAGGAUCGUUCCAUUGCCUGCCAUUCUUUACCAACGACAUUGGGGGGAGAAAUGGGGGAGGCAACCAAUGCUUUCCGCCGACGGUGCCUGAUGGAAUACAGGAAAAUUCUGAAAAUGUGCCGGUUCUAUGGUAUUGCCUUCACUGAAAAGAUGCUAACAAAAGCCUUACUUCACCCUGGAGACAAGUUAACUUACAUCCCGGGACAAAGAGUGAAGCUAAGACAGCCUGGGACUAAUGUUGUACCUAAUGGUUAUGCAGAGCGAUGGCAUGUCACUAGACAACGCAUCAUUAUGGAUAGAUUCAAUCGUAAAUAUGCACUGAAAAAGGAAGAGAAUCAGAUCAACAUUGAUCCAAUUAAAAGUCAACUGGAGGAAGCUAGUGAAGAGCCAGAGUCGGAACUGAGAUCUCCCGAGCGGCUCAUGGUGGAUAAUCUCAACCAAGAAUUAAAGCAUACGGAAGUGAAAGUCGAGGUAGGAAUGCAAAAGGACACCAGUCAACUGGAGGAAGCCAGUGCAGGAGCAGAAGCAAAAUUGAGAUAUCCCGAGCGGCUCAUGGUGGAUAACUUCAACCAAGAAUUAAAGCAUACGGAAGUGAAAGUCGAGGUAGGAAUGCAACAGGACACCAGUCAACUGGAGGAAGCCAGUGAAGAAGCAGAAUCAAAAUUGAGGCAACUUAUCAUUGUUGAUGAACUGACACCGAGAAAGGAAAUGAUCCAAAUUAAGGUGCAGCCGGACAACAAUCAACUAAAGAAACCUAAUGACAAGCUAGAGUCAACUCCAAGGAUCGCAGCACCCCAGGAUCACAACAUGGGUGCAAGUGUACCGGUUCCAACGAGCAGCACGCAAAAACACAUGACACCAGAAGAUUAUGUAAAGUUCAAAAGAAAGUUAAAAGGGAAGCUUCCAUCAGUGGCAUCUCCUGUACAGGACGUCUUUUGGCCUGGCCGCAUGCUGGAAAAGGUGCGCAUGUACCUCCCAAAUGCUAAGCUACAGCAUGAGGAAGUGUUGUUCAGUAAAAUCCAGAAAGGUACGACUUUCAGCUCCAACAUCUAUCACAAUGAGAAGACUUGGCCCAUUAGUGACCAGGGAUAUCUUAUGUGUGGAGAUAUUGAAAGGAAGAAGCGUUACAUCCUUUGAUCAACCUGCCCAGGGUAGAUUGGGCUGUUCAUACAGCUUGACCCUUGUGACUGCGAAGCUCUCAGAAACUUGUCUAAUCCUUCCUUUGAAAAAUGGGAAACAACAUGGACUUCUGCGAAAAGACAGUGUGCAGGAAUCUGAUCUGAUCAACUUAGGAUCAGCAUUAAAUAAGAGAUCAAGAUUCCACACAAAUCCUUCUACCUUCAUAACUUAGCAGCUUAAAAACUCUCUUCUCGAAUUUCUGUGCUCAGUAAUAGUGAUUCAACAUCACGUUAAUUCAAUUUUAAUUAAUUAAACACAAUAUUUUACUUAUAUUUCCCAUCUUUUAUUUAUUUCAUUCAUCUCAGGCAGUUAAACUAACACUCUGCACAGAACUAGGGCUCUGGGAUCUACAUAAAACUCCCUAGUUAUGUGUACAUAUAAGUGGGCAUUCAGGAUUCAUUUCAUAUAUUAAGAUUUUAACUUGUUUUUAUCUCUUCUGUCUUCAUGGUUCUUACUGCAAUUAGGAAUAGUAAACUGCUUCAAAUAUUCAUCCUCAGAAGGUUUUAGGAAAAGUGCGGCAUGGUGGUGCAGUGGUAAAGUUGCUGCCUUACAGCGCCAGAGGCCUCAGUUCAAUCCUGACUACAGGUGCUAUCUGUGUGUAGUUUGUACGUUCUCACUGUGACCGCGUUGUUUUCUCUGGGAGCUCCAGUUUCCUCCCACAGUCCAAAGAUGUGCAGAUUUGUAGGUUAAUUGGUUUUGGUAAAAUUGUAAAUUAUUCCGAGUGUGUGGGAUAGUGCAAAUGUAUGGGGAUCGCUGGUCGGCGUGGAUUCGGUGGGCCAAAGGGCCUGUUUUCGUGCUGUGUCUCUAAAGUAAAGUCUAAAGUCUCUCUCUGCAGGUGCUGCCGGACCUGCUGAGUAUUCCCAGCAUUUUCAUCAGGUCAUAUGUUAUGGAAUCAUGCAGCACAGAAGUAGUCCAUUUGACCCACCAUGUCCAUGCUGUAUAUCAAGUAUCCAUCUGUACAAAACCCACUUACCAGCAUUUUGUCUGUGACCUUCUAUGCCUAAGUGUAGGUAUGUUACAAAACCUACCUGAAUCGUCAUUGGGAAUCUGCCCUCAGCCAUGUCCGCGAUUUUGGCGCUGUUUGGAGGGGGCGGGUUUAAAACGCGAUUUUUACUAGGCUGUACUAAUCGCAGAUGUUCAGCCUAGUAAAUCAUUAACGAAAAAUCGUUGCAAGACCCGGUCGCAAAAGGUAUUAUUAGUUUUAUAGGCCUCGAUAAUAUAGUUAUAAUAGUUUUAAAAUUACUGUCUGAUUCCGCAACCUCUCGCAGCCCCAGGGUUUUAUAAAGCAAACAAUUAAAGGUAUGUACCUUAUUUUUACAUUAAAUGGGGCAUAUAUAUAACCCUGUAAUUAAAGUUAUCUAUAGCGAGUAGUUCAUUUUGGGCUUUUUAUAUCCCGCAGUAUUUUUCUCGGCAUUUGAGGGCACUAAUCCAGCGCGAUGUCAACGUUCUAAACCAGCGCGUUCACAUGAACCCACUAGAAAGCCGAUUUAAAUGGGCAUUUAUUUACAGCAAUUGAACACUAAAUUCCUUCCAUUUGGCCUAUAAAUUAAUGUAAAUUAGAUAUAAAAAUCAUGUUAUAUUGUGAAUUAUUUGUGAAUAAUCUUUGGACACUUAGGCUAUUUAAAAAUGUUAAUCUUUCCUUAAGAAAUGGGCUUUUGACUAUCCAAGAUCACAGCUUUUUUGUAAUGUCCAUUGAAAAUCAAUAGGGAACAAGAUGCUAAUUUCCGAGUAUGAAAAUGGCCAUAACUUUUUUAAUACUUGAGAUAUGAAAGUGAACUUGGUGUCAAAUUAAACUUAUUGUUAUGCUUUAUCUGAUGGGAUAAAUUGCAGACUUGAUUUUUAAAAUCUCAAAAUUUUGUAACAUUGCUACUAAGUGAUUGAAGUGAUCAUCCAGAUAUAUGUUAAAUGUUGUAAGAGAACCUGCCUCCAGGUCCUUUUAGAUGACAACCAACCUCUGGGUAUGAAGAGGAUUACAUUGGACCCUCUUAUUCCUAACUUUAAACAUAUAGCAACCAAAAUGCAGAAACAAAGAACUGCGGAUGCUGGUUAAUACACAAAAGGACAUAAGGUGCUGGAAUAACUCAGCAGGUCAGGCAGCAUCUCUGGAGAACAUGGAUAAAUGACAUUUGUCCUUUUUUAAACAUAUAACCCUCGGCUUGUAGAUACAUUUGUUAUGAAGAAAAGUUUCUCACUGUUCACCUGAUCUGGUAUCUGGACGGGGCGUCGAAGGACGAGAAGCCAAAGCGAAGAAGUGGAAGCCAAGAUACCGAACGGAAACGACGCCAAAAACCGUAUGCGUAUUUGGCUUUUCGGCUUCGCGUCCGUUAGGUUAUUUGGCUUUUUGCGUCGUUACCGUUUGGUACCUUGGCUUCCACCUGUCCAUGCAGUCAUCUUUAGAGAUCUAUGGACUUGUAGACAGACCAUCAUCUUUAAUAUUCACGAGGUGGCGCCAGCAAUGACUGCCUCGCCAACAGUCUGUCCGUCCCUUCCUUCUUUGUGUUUUAAUAGUAUGUGUUAAAUGUAUGCUUUUAGUGUUCUUUAGCUUGUUUUAUGUGGAGGGGUUGGGGGAAACUUUUUCUUAUCUCUUACCUCGACAGUGAUGCAAUUUUUUUCCGUAUCGUAUCACCAACCGUACUGCACUUAAAAUCGAGGAGUUGACAGCCUUUGCUGGAGUCCAACUUUUGAGAGCUCCACCGCGGGGAGCCCACGGGACUUUAACAUCGCGGAGCCCGCGAUCCCUUUGCCAGGGAUCGACCUCGGAGCUCCAUCCAUAGGUGCUUGCAGACUUAACAUCACAGAGCCCGCUGUCUCUGGUCAGAGACCGACUUUUUGAACUUGAAGCCGCAGGAGCUUCGAUCGUCCUGACGCGGGAGCUUCAAUCGCCCCGAUGGAUGGUUCGACAGCCCCGACCGCGGGAGAAUAAAGAGGAAGUAGGUUGGACUUUUUUGCCUUCCAUUAUAGUGAGGCAUGUGGGAAAUCCGCUGUGGUGGAUGUUUAUGUUAACUUUUAUGUAAUUGGGUGUCUUGUUGAUUUUUUUUGUUUGGCUCUAUGGUAAUUUGCAUAUCACUGUACCUUAAUUGGUACAUGUGACAAUAAAAGACCUUUGAAAACUUUGAAAACCUGGAGCUCUACAGAUUAUUUAUGCCAUUUCAUGGUCACACAAGAUGAAAUAAAAAUAACUUCUGCAUGUUGAAAACAAAACUGGAUAUUAUUUUAAAAAUUGUCCUGCCUUUAUUUAGAUCAUAGACAUUGUGACUCUUGCGUAGUAAUUGGUAUUAGUUUAUUAGUCACUUGUGUCAUGGUACACGUAACAAUAAUAAACGAUGAUUACUCAUAUAUUCACCCUCUAAGUUUCCGAUUAAUAUUAU